AUUGCCAUCCUCCACUAUCUAUACACGAAUAAAAGCCGUCGUCGCCGCAAAUUUUUUUGCAAUGCUAGAAAACAAUUAAGAAAAGAAGUACUAUUCCAAUUGCCAUUUGGUCGAUUGUGUGCAAAUAACAAGACAAACACAGCUUUGCUUAUUGAGCAACCGUACGGUAAGCACUCGCGAGGCGGCACCAAGGGCAACAGCCAUUUCUGCCGGCAGACGCGACGCUUUUUUGCAAGAGCGAAAAAAAAUUGAAUUUGUGUAAAACGUGAGCAGCAGCGUUUUCUGAGUGUGCGUGCGUGUGUGUGUGUGUGUGUGUGCAGGCAGUUCUAACAAAUUCAACCAUGUCGAACGUGGAAAUUUACGACUCGUCAAAUUCGCAACUGAGCAGCGAUGAAUACAGCCACGACGAGGACGACGAUGCAUUAAUGGAUGUGGCCGUCAGCAAGCAAACGCCCGCCAAGUCAGCCAAAUCCAAAUCCAAUGACAGCUCACCGAACAAAACCGACAGCACCUCCACCACGCCCCGUAAACUAUCCGAUGACUUGGAUGCCGCCGCCGCCGCCGCGUCAACGAAGCCGCCAGCUAGUCGGGAGCAUACGCAGCGUCAAAUCAAGCAAAUGCAGCGGGACAACCAGGCGAAUCUGUAUUUCAAGCGGCGCAGCAUAAAAUGGCUAAAUCAACGGGUUACCAAUAAAACCGACUACAUGAGCCAGCUGCGACGCGCUCUGCCCAAAAUUCAGGCGCAGGCGAGGCGAAUGGCCGAAUACCGCGCUGCCAAGCGGGCUAUUGAACGGGAGCAGCAGGCGCGCCACCAACAACGUCGACACAGUGGACGCACGCCAAGUCGCAGUCGUAGUCGCAGCCACACGGGCAGUUUGUCGCCCGAGCUGAUCUGCCUGGACGAUACCGAGAAUGAAGACUCGCCGGAGAAGCCCACCGACACGCCGGCGGCAGGCAAUGAGCCGCAGCAGGUGGCAUCGAAGACGCCACCGCCUUUCACUUUGCAACUGGAAAUAGAGAGUGAGGCAACGCCAGCUGAAAAUGGCUCCGUGCUGGAUGAGUUCUUGACCCUGAAGCCGGUCAUAGCUGCAGAGCCGAUCAUAGAAGAGGCCGCCGGCUGUAAUAACAGCAUACAGCAGCAGCAGCAACAGCAGGACAUGCCAGAGUUGCCUGCCCUAGACCUGGGCUAUAAAGCAGCAAUUGAGACCAGAGCUAGCUUGGAUAUGCCUCUGGAAGAGGCCACACUCAAGCGCCGUCGUUCGGUCACGCCGCCAUCGACUGAGCCGCAUGUGGAGAAGCGCACCAAGUCGUUGCCAGCCGUCGAUGUGGAUGAUGACAUUAUAGAGUUUACGCCUGUUUAUGCAACUCCUGCAAAGCAGGCGCCAACAACAGCACAGCAAGUUGCAGUUGCAGCAGCGGCGGCAGCAGCAGCACAAUUACCACCCCCGACACCACCGACAGCGUCUCCGAAUAAGCCGAGCAUUAACCAAGCAACUGUUGCCCAGCUGUUGGCGUCCAGAACCAACACUGAGUCACCAUCAAUUGCGCCUGUGCUCAAAUUGGGCUCACCGUUCACGUUGACACCGUCUAUCGACAUGGACUUCUAUGCGCAAAAGAAGACGAUGCAGCCAGAAAACAUGGCUGCCAUCUCGUAUAGCCUGGAGACGCCCACACCACCAGUGGAAGCCAUGGAGAUAGUCUAUCCGAAUGAGAAGUCCUUGGCUGCGCCAGAGUGCAUUAAGACAAGUGCCGCAGCUCUAGCUCAAACAGUCAGCGCGCCGGCCGUGAUACAGCAGCAGGCAGCACACGAGGCGCACAUAUUUGCCACGCCCUACGCUCACCAGCAGCAGCCGCCACAGCCACAGCAGCCACCACAGCAACAGCAGCCGCCACAUCAACAGCAGCCUGUGCAGCAACAGCAGCAGCCACAGCAACAGCUGCCGCCACGUCCAAAGCAGCGCUCCGAAUCCAAUUCCAGGCAGACACAAACUCUUGCGGCGCCCACGUCAGCAGCGCGCAACAAAUCCUCAGUUGAUCUGAACAACAGCAACAGCGAUGCGGUCUUUCAUCAGCGCGUCAAGGAGCUGUACACGGAGCUGGACGAGAUUAUGAGUGAUAAGGUGCGCGCCGUCAAGCCGGAGCUCAAGUCGUAUGGCGAUGAGAAGCAGCGCAUUGAGGCGGACAUCAAGACGCUGGAUAAUUUGAUUAGCCAGAAGGAGGAGGAGCAUAAUCGUCUGCUGCAUUUGCGCUGCAUCAAGGAGGAGCUGCUGGCGCGCAUUGAGCGCAAAGAGCGCAUACUUAUCAUGAAGGAGAUACUGCCCUCGAUUCUGAACAAAAACUGCAGCACAUCGGAGCUAUAUGAAAUGCAUUCACUGCUGCACAACGAACAAAAUGCGCCAAUGCCCUCGCGCCGUGGCUCCAGCGCGGUCGAGCAGCUGAUCAACAGAGUGGAAAAUGGACUGGAUGAUAUUAAAGUCUUGCGCGGCGCUUUGGGCCUGCAGGAGAAGGCGCCGUCCUCUGCGGAGCUGUUCAUGCCGCCGCCGCCGCCACAGCAUUAUGAGACGCAGCAGCUGCACAGACGCAACUCUGUGCCGGCCAUGCGUGCAUCACUGCCGCCCAUAGUGGGCGAUCGGUCGAGUAUCUAUGGACGCUCUACUGCCGUGCAUGAGGAUUAUCGCCGAGAGCAGCCCGAGGAGCUGCUCGGCAAGCGGAAUAAACAACAGCCGCCACAGUCACGUUAUCAGCAGCUUAUCAACGAGUCCAAGCAGCUGACAGGCUCUACAACGGAUCUCGCUGGAAGCUCCUCGUAUCGCCAACAGCAGCUGCAGCAGCCACAGGAUACGCGACGCAGCCAAACCACUCCGCUGGACAAUCAUUUUGAUAAUGAGAUGCCACCCAAGCCGUUGUACAACAGCAGCCCACUGGCCACAGGCAAUCAGCGCAAAAGCAACGAUACAAAUAAGCAAUACAACGAAGUACAUUCCAUGUAUCGGGCGGAGCUGCUGCAGGGUCUAGAGUCGCUGGACCGCGGCGCGAAUCAAAACAAUCGCAAUAGCAAUAACAAUGUUAGCAAGCGCAUGGGUGCCACUAUGAAUGGGCCGGAGGAGCUGGAGCGCCGCUGCCAGCACUGUGAACGCUAUAAGGCCACCUACAUGUGCGCCGGCUGUCAGAAUCAAUGGUACUGCAGUCGAGAAUGUCAGGUGCGCGCCUGGGACACACAUUGGGAGUCGUGCCCCAAUUAGGAUAUACUCGCUGUAUCAGCAUUACUACUACUAUUAAAUAUAAAUAAAUACAUAUAUAUAUAUAUUCAUAGUCGCCCCCCCGCUCCCUUUCUCCAACACUACUCAACAUUUCAUACAUUAGUAAUCGUAAAGUUUCGCUAUCGGAAUUUUUAAUUGCAAUGCAUUAAAAAAAAAUACAUGUAAUUCGUUUACAAGCACACACACACACACACACACACACACACACACACACACACAACACAACACGCACAUUUUCCAUUCACACUCGAGUGUCGGUAAUUGCAAUAGCUCAAUAUUCGUCAAAUCAUUAAAAAAUUAAAAAUAUAUAUUAUAUAUACACAUGCUGUACUCAGUGUUAAAUUCAAGUUCUCAAUUGCCUUUAGUUAUCUAUAUAGAUGUACUUAUUUUUUUUUCUGGCAGCUAUAACUACAUUUGCCUGUUACUUGAUUGACUUUAGUUGAUAUGGCCCCCAACUCGUGCACUGUAGGUGAUAUACAUAUAUUUUCUGAUUGUCAACAUUAAAGUCCCAAACACAACAAUUAAUUUAAUAAUUUAUUACAAAUUGCUGGCAUAUUAUUAAAAAUCUUUGUUAUCGAGACAUAUAAUAACUGAAAUUUUUGCUGUUCUGUUCUUUUAUUGCAUUUUGUAUUGCAUAUUUUUGAGCACACCCAAAUAAGAGAUUGGGCCUUAAAAUAAGUUUUAAUUUGACUUUGAACUUGAUUUAAAUUUCUGUUUUUUAAUUAAGUUUUGUAUCACUUUUGCUUUGCGAAUUAAUGAAUUUUAUUGAUACUAACUUUUAGAGGAUAUGUUUGUAAUUUUUUUAAAUCUCGGUUAAAAAGGAAAACUUGAUGAAAAGACUUAAAUGUAUAACGUAUCAAAUACUUGAAUGUAGCAUUUUAAGAAGCACUACGAAACUGGUCCAAACCUAUUAAAUUAAAAGUAUAGCAUAU